AUGUCAUUACGUGGAAACUCUAAAGGCUCUUCCUCGGCUCGGUUUGUGAGAAAUAAACGCACAAAUUAUCAGCAAAAUAAUGAUGAGCAUCCUCAAUUUCAAGUUAACUACAAUGAUUUCUCCGGUAGAUUGUCUGAUAGAAAUGGGAACAAUGUAUUUAGUGAUAGGGAUAUGGAAAGGAUGAAUCAAGUUAGAGAAAUAGAUCAAAUUGAUGCAAUUUUUGGCUUUGAAAAAUUUGAAUCAGGACCAAGGAAGAAGGGGUGGCUUUGUAAUAUGCAUCCUACUUUAAUUCAAGACGAUGAAUCACACAAACAACUUUCUGCUGUCGAUUAUUACUUUCUCGAUGAAGAGGGUGGUUCAUUUAAAGUUUGUUUGCAAUUUGAUCCUUAUUUUUUAGUUAUGUGUCCACCUAGUAAGGAAACAGAGUUGGAAGAAUGGUUGAGAAGAACUUUAGAAAAUACAGUGAAAACCAUCACGACCAUCCAAAAGGAAGAUUUGGAUUUGGCUAACCAUUUGACGGGCAAAAAGAGAACUCUGGUUAAGUUAGAGUUUAACAAUAUAUCUGAUUUGUUGGACGCUAGAAGAGUAUUGCAACCAUACAUCAAAAAGAACAAGGAGAAAAAAGAAAGCAAUGAUAUCUAUAAAUCCGCAAAUCUCAACUACAAUAGUAUAAUGAAGGACAACUCAGAGAAUGACGAUCUUUUGAUGGACAUUGAAGAAACCGAAAAUAUAGAUUUCAAGUACACAGACGCAUCGGAACUGAUGCUGGAUCUUAGAGAGUACGAUGUUCCUUAUCAUGUUAGAGUUUCAAUAGAUCAAAACAUCAGAGUCGGAAAAUGGUAUGAUGUCGAAGUUACCCCUUCGAACACCGUCAUCACCGAAGAUACUGAGAAAAUUGCCUUUGCAGAUCCCGUCGUUUUGGCAUUUGAUAUCGAGACAACGAAAGCGCCAUUGAAAUUCCCAGAUUCCUCAAUUGAUCAAAUUAUGAUGAUUUCUUAUAUGAUAGACGGUGACGGUUUUCUUAUCACAAAUAGAUCCAUCAUAUCAGAGGACAUUCAAGAUUUCGAGUAUACCCCCAAACCAGAGUACCCUGGUGAAUUUAUGAUCUUUAAUGAGCCCAAUGAAAAGGCAGUGAUUGAAAAAUUCUUCCAGCAUAUAAGAGACGUUAGGCCCACUGUUAUUGCUACAUUUAACGGUGAUUUUUUUGAUUGGCCCUUCGUUGAAAAUCGAGCUAGGUAUCACGGCCUGGACAUGUUCAAGGAGAUUGGGUUUGCGAAAGAUGCAGAAGAGGAGUAUAAAUCAAGCUAUUGCACACAUAUGGAUUGCUUUCGAUGGGUCAAACGUGAUUCCUACUUACCUCAAGGUUCGCAGGGUUUAAAGGCCGUUACAACAGCAAAAUUGGGCUACAACCCGACUGAGUUGGAUCCCGAACUGAUGACCCCAUACGCCUAUGAACAUCCCCAGUUGUUGUCUGAAUAUUCUGUUUCCGAUGCUGUGGCAACUUACUACCUUUACUACAAAUACGUCCAUCCUUUUAUCUUCUCCCUCUGUACUAUUAUUCCCCUAACUCCUGAUGAAGUCUUGAGAAAAGGUACUGGUACAUUAUGUGAGAUGUUGUUGAUGGUUCAAGCUUAUUUGCAGAAUAUCUUAUUGCCUAACAAACAUAUGGAUCCACCGGAAAGAUUUUACAAUGGACAUUUGUUAGAAUCAGAAACCUAUGUUGGUGGGCAUGUUGAAUCAUUAGAAGCCGGUGUUUUCAGAGCGGAUUUGAAGAAUCACUUUAACAUCGAUCCAACCGCUGUUGAUGAAGUUGUCGCUGAUUUAAGGAAAGCUCUAGAGUUUGCUAUUGUUGUGGAAGGUGGUAAAAAACUAGAAGAUAUCACUAAUUUUGAUGAGGUAUACAAUGAAAUAAAGUCGCAACUACUACAGCUUAAAGAGAAAGUCAAAAGAUACGAAACACCCUUGAUUUAUCACGUCGAUGUGGCUUCCAUGUAUCCGAACAUUAUGACUACCAAUCGUUUGCAACCUGAUUCCAUGAAAACUGAAGAAGAUUGUGCUUCGUGUGAUUUUAACAGGCCCGAUAAGAAAUGUGAUAGAAGAUUAACAUGGGCAUGGAGGGGUGAAUAUUAUCCGGCAGAAUCAAACGAAUACAAUAUGAUAAAAAAUGCAGCACAGAGUGAAUUGUUUCCACCGAAGUUUCCCGGAGGACCCAAACGACGUUUUAAUGAUCUUCCCUAUCCUGAGCAAGUUUCUCAAAUAAAGAAAAGGGUUGCCGAUUAUUCUAGAAAGAUUUAUCACAGACUAAAAUGUACCGAAAUUGUUGAGCGUGAGGCAAUUGUCUGUCAAAGAGAAAAUCCGUUCUAUGUAAAUACAGUCAGAAGCUUCCGGGAUAGACGGUAUGAUUUUAAAGGAUUGACUAAAGUUUGGAAGAACAAAAUCAAAGAUAUUAACCCAAAAGAUAAGCAUGCAAUUGAUGAAGCCAAGAAAAUGGUUGUUUUGUAUGAUUCCCUGCAGUUGGCUCAUAAAGUUAUUUUGAAUUCUUUCUAUGGCUAUGUCAUGCGUAAAGGUUCAAGAUGGUAUUCCAUGGAAAUGGCAGGUAUUACAUGUCUCACAGGUUCCACAAUUAUCCAAAUGGCGAGAAAGUUGGUCCAAAGAUUUGGUAGGCCGUUGGAGAUUGAUACAGAUGGUAUUUGGUGUAUCUUUCCUUCCAGUUUCCCUGAGGAGUAUAACUUCAAGCUGCGGAAUGGUAAAACAUUCUCUGGCUCUUACCCUUGUUCUAUGCUAAACUAUUUGGUUCAUGAGAGAUUUACAAACCAUCAGUAUCAAACAUUAAUUGAUCCGGAUAAAUAUCGAUAUGAAAUAAAGUCCGAUAACUCUAUAUUUUUUGAAGUUGAUGGUCCGUACAAAGCCAUGGUUUUACCAACAUCAAAGGAAGAAGGUAAAGGUUUGAAGAAGAGAUAUGCUGUUUUCAAUUUUGAUGGGUCGCUUGCCGAAUUGAAGGGUUUCGAAUUAAAAAGAAGAGGUGAGUUGCAACUAAUUAAAAAUUUCCAAUCUGAUAUUUUUAAGUUGUUUCUAGAGGGCGACACCUUAGAAGGGUGUUAUCAGUCAGUUGCCAAUGUUGCAAAUAGAUGGUUAGAUGUUUUGGACACUAAAGGGAGGAUGUUGGAAGAUGAAGAUCUAAUUGAACUAAUUUGUGAAAAUAGAAGCAUGUCCAAGAAAUUGGAGGAAUAUGGCAGCCAGAAAUCCACAUCUAUCACGACAGCUAGAAGAUUAGGUGAGUUUUUGGGUGAGGAAAUGGUCAAAGACGCAGGAUUGGCGUGUAAAUAUGUCAUUGUUUCCAAGCCAUUGGGCAGCCCCAUCACAGAGCGUGCAAUUCCCACUACGAUCUUUUCAUCUGAAAUUGAAGUUAAAAGCAAAUACUUAAGGAGGUGGCUUCGUGAUCCUUCAUUGACCGAUUUUGAUCCAAGGUCAAUGAUUGAUUGGGAUUAUUAUAGGGAACGUUUAGCUUCUGUUGUUCAGAAGAUUAUUACCAUUCCUGCUGCUUUGCAAGGUGUGCGGAAUCCGUGUCCUAGAGUUGAGCAUCCUGACUGGUUGAGAAGGAGAAUCGCUAUUUCUGAUGAUAAGAUGAAACAGAGUUCGUUGGGUUCCUUUUUCAAAGCAAUACCUAAGGGAACAAAGGCACCUGUUCCUGUAUCAUCGGCUGAUAUCGAAGAUUUUGGAACCACUCCUAUAGGAAAUGGUAAAAAGAUAGCAAAGGUUACAUCUAAAAAAAGAAGGAAUACUGACGAAGUUAUUCUAGAGGAAGAAGAACACGCAAUCUAUAAUGGCAAAAUGCCAGAUCCAUUAGUUGAUUACAUUGCUUUCUUAAAAUACCAGAAGAUCAAAUGGAAAAUAAAAGCAAAAGAAAGGGAAAGAAGAGAAAGAAUUUUUGGUAGAGGAAGUUUAUCCACCAGUUCGUCCAUAACUGUAAAUGGCAUCAUGAAAAACCAAGCAGAAAAUUACCUCAAGUCAGUCUGGCAGAUCGUUGAAUACAAGAAGGAUCCUCUUCGUCCUGAUAAAUUAAAGGCAUUUGUUCUCAUCAAUGGUAAGCUGCAAACCGUUCAAAUUCAGAUUCCCAUAAAAAUAUAUUUGAACUUCAAAAACAAUGAAGAUUUUCCUAAGGAUCAGAUUGACUUUUGUGAAGCUACCAAAACAAAUGCCGUCUUGCCAACCGGUACAGAUGAUGGAAAACCAAUAUAUAAAUUAGUGAUGCCGUAUAAUGUCUAUGAAAGUGAGAAGGAGAGAACAAAUAGUAUACUGAACUCAACAAAUGUUGAAGGGAUUUACGAGUCGCAAAUAGAUAUCUCAGAACGUGCGAUCAUGGAAUUAGGCUCUUGUAUCAAGUUUGAUGAUAACAAAGUUCACAACCUGAUGAAAUCUUUUGAAAGAGGGUUUGACCAGAGUGAUCUUAGAAUGCUACCACCGGAUGGUUACUUGUCUAGGUUUUCCAUGGGUGUACUUUAUCUACUACACGUUGUAUCGAAUUCAUAUGAAAUAUUCACUCUUUUCAACACCAAUGACAGCUCUGCAUUUGUUUUCAUUCUUAAACCCUCUAUCAACGCCCAACAAUUACCUGAUAGUUUUGAAAGUGUGUACAAAAACAUUUUUGAAGAAAAGAAACAAGUCAUUGACAAACUCUAUGGUAUCAUUGAUUAUAAAUCCGAGAUUAAGUUCGAAGUUCAGUAUUUCUCGGAUGUAAGUAAAAUCUACAAGAAGAUGACCUCCAAACUUACGAAUAUUGUUGCUAAUUCAGCAUCUAAGAUGUUAUUUGUUAUUCAAUCCCAUAUUGCAUCUAAAUUACAACAGAUCUUUAAGGUGACAACCGAUUUACCGACCAUAAAAAUGGGAAUAUCUGAAAUUCAAGUACAGGCAUUAACUUGGCAUUUGGUGAUUAUCAAAAGAGUUGCCAAUCAUUACCUUUCCCUAUCUACAUGGUUGAAGAAGCUUAUAAAUUUAUCUAAAUACACAAAUGUCCCGCUCUGUAACUUGAACGUGGAUAAUAUUGGUUACUUGAUAGAUAUUAGUUUUGCAAGAAGGCUGAGUGAGAAUAACAUUGUCCUUUGGUGGUCUCAAAACCCCGUUCCUGAUUACGGUGGGUCUGAGAACGAUAGUAUCUUAUCCACCAUGGACGAAACCCUGAAAUUCCCUGUUUUAAAUAGGCCUGAAAUAUAUGAAACCGUUUGUCUUGAAAUUGAAAUCAAGAAUUUAACUGUGAAUACUAUUUUGUCUUCCUCUUUGAUUAAUGAAGCAGAGGGAGUCUUCAUUUCAGAGAAUGGUGAUAACAAUAACUCUACCUUUGCUGAAAACAGUUUUUCGGGUCCUUCUUUGUCUGUUUUAAGAGGAAUGAUUCAAUCCUGGUGGGAUGAUGCAAUUAAAGAUAUUGGAGAAGCAGACGCUCUUAUUAGCUCAUUUUUGAAGUGGUGUUCUACCAGCACUUCCUAUUUAUACGAUUCGUCAUUGCAUUAUCAUAUUCACAACCUUACAAAUAAAUCGAUGGUACAAUUAUUACGUGAGUUUAGAAGAAUGGGAUCAGCUAUUGUAUUUGCUGAUAGGAACAGGGUUAUAGUUAAAACCAACAAAACGGCUGUUGAAAAUUCAUAUGCUUAUGGACAGUAUGUUGUCUCUAGCGUUAGAUCAAAGCCGUUAUUUAACCUACUUGAGCUUGUAGUAGUUAGGUACUGGGACAUGUUAGUUUGGAUGGAUAGACAUAAUUUUGCAGGAAGUUUUACAUCGGAAAUAUAUGAUUCAACUACAAAACCGAGCCAUCAUGAAAUCGAAAGCGAAAAGGACUUUAACGAUGAUGAAAACAAGUUAGAGUAUGUCUCAAAAUGGCAAAUAAAAAACUAUUUGCCAAUUAUUUUACAUGAAGAAUUUGAAGAUUGGGUGUUGAUGUUUUUGGACGCCUUAAUCAAAAAUAGGAAAAAACACUAUGAAGGUAAUACCAAUGAAACUAAGUCACAGAAAAGACAAACUCAAAUUGCUCAAAUAUUGAUGCAACAAAAGAAUGUUGAGGAAGAGUUAGAUGUCGAGAAAAUCAAUAAGGAAGGUUUAACCUCCUAUUUCCGGAAGCCAUUGCUAAAGAGAAUUAACAAGCUGAUCAAGAAACAGGAAGAUAUGAUAAAUGAUCCGGAAAUGAUCAAAGAGUAUGAAUUUCCUACAUUACCAGGAUCGUAUUUAAACUUAUCAAACCCAACCUUGGAAUUAGUCAAAUAUCUGUGCCAAAUAUUCUCCUUAUCAAAAAGAAGAAAUAUGGAGAUCCGUAUGUUGCGUAGGGAUCUAUUGAAACUAUUUGGUAUUAUGGAAUUCAGCGAAGAAGGUAUGUUUAAAAAUCCUUCAACGUCUUUGAUAAUUGCUGAAGUUAUAUGUGAUGCUUGCUAUUAUAUAAGAGAUAUUGAUGUUUGCAAAGAUGAUGAAAAUAUUUUGUGGAGAUGCACCAACUGUGAUCGAGAGUACGGUAAAUUAAUUAUAGAGGAGCGGUUAAUUUACGAACUGAAUAAAUUAUUGGUUCAAUACUUUUCCCAAGACUAUAAAUGUGAAAAAUGUGGUGAAAUGAGAAGUGAUGAGUUAUCUAACCACUGUCAAUGUUCCGGCAAAUGGGUAAAUACAGUAGACAUGAAGGAACUAAAGAAAAAGUUCCGUAUUUUUGCCAACGUUUCCGAUGCUUAUAAUUUCGACUUAUUGAGGCAACUUGUAGCUGAAGUUAUAUAG